GGGAGGAGGGGACCUCGUUUCCAUCUCUCACCACAGGAAAUGUGUGAGUGGUUUAAAUGCAAGUCAGAGUCUGGUUUUGCAGGAUACUUCUGAGUAACUGGUGAGGAACAUUCAGCAGCAUGGCCAGCCGAGUGGAGCAUCCUGCUGCAGGCUACAAGAAGAUCUUUGAGACGGUGGAGGAGCUGAACGAACCUAUUCCUGCAGAGAUCAAGGGUGUCAUACCAUCAUGGCUGGGCGGCAGUCUUCUCCGUAUGGGUCCAGGUCUUUUUGAGGUGGGAGAUGAGCCUUUCCACCAUCUGUUUGAUGGACAGGCUAUGAUUCACAAGUUUGACCUGAAGGACGGUCAGGUGACCUACUACAGGAAGUUUAUCAAGACAGAUGCGUAUGUUCGUGCCAUGACAGAGAACAGAAUAGUCAUCACUGAGUUUGGCACAGCAGCCUACCCAGACCCCUGCAAAAACAUCUUCUCCAGAUUCUUCACUUAUUUCAGAGGCAUUGAGGUGACUGAUAACUGCAUGGUGAACAUCUAUCCAGUCGGUGAAGACUUCUACGCCGUCACAGAGACAAAUUUUAUCACUAAGGUUGAUCCUGAUUCGCUGGAGACUUUGAAGAGGGUUGACUUAUGUAAGUACCUCUCAGUGAAUGGGUUGACGGCCCAUCCCCAUAUUGAAGCAGAUGGCACAGUCUAUAACAUCGGCAACUGCUUUGGAAAGAACUUGAGUCUGGCUUAUAACAUCGUCAAGAUCCCACCUGCUCAGAAAGAUGGGUCGGAUCCCCUGGAGAAAUCCCAGGUUGUUGUUCAACUGCCCAGCAGUGAGAGGUUAAAACCCUCCUACGUACACAGCUUUGGUAUGACAGACAACCACUUUGUGUUUGUGGAGCAGCCGGUAAAAAUCAACCUGCUCAAGUUCCUGUCGGCUUGGAGCGUCAGAGGGGCCACAUACAUGGACUGCUUUGAAUCCAACGAAAGCAUGGGGACAUGGUUUCACUUGGCCACUAAGGACCCAGCUGAAUAUUUGAGCAUCCACAAGUUCAGAACAUCAGCUUUCAACAUCUUUCACCAUAUCAACGCCUACGAGGAUGAGGGCUUCAUCGUGGUUGACCUCUGCACGUGGAAAGGUCAUGACUUUGUGUACGACUACCUGUACCUGGCCAACAUAAAGCAGGAUUGGGAGGAAGUGAAGAAAGCUGCGAUGAGAGCUCCUCAGCCUGAGGUCCGGCGAUAUGUACUGCCACUGGAUAUACACAAGGAGGAGCAGGGAAAGAAUCUGGUGUCUCUUCCCUACACCACAGCAACUGCUGUUCUUAACAGCGAUGGCACCAUUUGGCUCGAGCCUGAAGUCCUCUUCUCUGGACCAAGACAGGCCUUUGAGUUUCCACAGAUAAACUACUCUCUGUGUAGUGGGAAGAAAUAUUCCUUUGCGUACGGUCUGGGACUCAACCACUUUAUCCCUGACAGGAUAGUCAAGCUGAAUGUACAGACCAAAGAGACCUUGGUGUGGCAGGAGGAGGACUGUUACCCAUCCGAGCCGCUGUUUGUACCAACACCUGGAGCCACAGAGGAAGACGAUGGUGUGCUGCUGAGCAUCGUGGUGAAGCCGGGUGCAGAGAGACCGGGCUUCCUGCUGGUGCUGGAUGCCGUGAAACUCACAGAGCUGGCACGGGCCGAGGUCAACAUCAACAUACCCGUGACCCUCCACGGCCUGUACAAACCGUGACUCCAACAUUCGACCUAUAAAAGCCAAGACACGUCCUUAUGUACAGCACAACGCCUUCACUUUCCUGCCAGCACACUACAUUUCUAACUAGACAUGGAUCAACAAAGUAGCUUUUUUUUGCAUUGAAUUAAAACAUAAUUUGUGUAACCAUGCCAUUGGGACCUGAUAAAACAAAUUACAUUUACGAUGUUGUUAAAUAGAAUGGAAUUAAUGUUCUUUCCACCCUUUGGUGCAAACUGGCUCACAAUUGAACAGUAUCUUUUAGCUGGUGGAGUGACUGUGUACAGAGAGUUUACUUCAAAAAUAAUUAUUGCAUGUUGUGUAUGCAGUAUACGGUAGAGUUUAUGUAAAGCAGGUGUCAUGUACAAACACAAUAUUUAAAACAUUUAUUUAAAAAGCUGGUUGCAUAAUUUGCUUCUUUAUAGUAUACAAAUAAAAACACAAUACAACUUUUUUUUAUUUCAUAGAACAGAUUUAUAUCAUUUAGAAAGGUAACUUCUGGAAUAAGAUAGAUAGAUCUACUUUAUUCAUCCCAAAUUGGGAAAUAUUUUGUUACAGCAGUAAUAAUGUGUUCAGACAUUAAAUUAAAAGGUGGACAAAAAUUAUUAAAAUAAAAACAAAUAAACAGCAGGUAUAUAUAUAUAUAUAUCUACAGUAGAAUGGACAUGAACCACACAUAAUACUCAAUAUAUAAUGUUCAAGUUAAGUUAGACUGUUCUAUAAAAUACUAUAUACUACAGCAACAGUAAUAUAGACUUACGUAUACUUGUGAUAAUACAUUUGCAUAGAAGAAUAUAUAUUGUUCUGUAUAUCCUACAAAAUUAUCCAGAAAAAAACGUAGUAAGGACAUGCGUAAUGAGUAAUACAGCUCCUGUGUAACUGUUGUUACAAUUGUUGUGUUUACAGGUUCUUGUGCCUCCCCCAAGUGGCUAAAUCAAUUAACGCAUGUUAAAGGAGAUCAUAUCUUGCUAAUUUUAAAAGUUUCUACCAGCUCUAUAAAAAGGGUUUGGCUCAUUGGGGUGGGCAAUGAAAGGAUUUUUGUAUCCACUGUACACUGUCCAUGUGGACAUAUUUGUAUUCAGAAUGUGCAAUGAAUGAUUGUCAUUUGUGUUCAAAGUAUACAAUUAAAUAUUUUACUGCUCUGAUUUCAA